AAAGUCAAGUCUUGAUCGCUUUCUUGCUCAUGCCGCACCAACGCCUGCUCCUGCUCACGCCGAAAUGUUUACAGUCGUUCGUGCCGUCCGCGUGUGCGCCUAGAAUAGUGAAAAUACCGACCAAAAAUGCGCAUCAACCGCUACAAACGUGUCCAACGGCACCUGACGUUCUACAAGAACGUCUUCGGCUUCAGACCGCCGUUCCAGAUCCUAGUCGACGGCACUUUCUGCGCUGCAGCGCUCAAGUACAAGGUGAACAUCCGCGAGCAGAUGCCAAAAUACCUGAACGACGAAGUCAAACUCUGCACCACCGUGUGCGCCAUCGCCGAGUCGGAAAAACUGGGACCGGCCCUGUACGGCGCCACGCUGGUGAUCAAGCAGUUCCCCGUCCGCAUAUGCGGCCACGAGAAAAGCCCGAUCACGGCCGCCAACUGUUUCCACACGAUGGUCCGCAAAAAGAACCCGGACCAUUACAUGGUCGCCACGCAAGACCCGGAGUUAAGCGAUCGCGUUCGGAAACUAGUCGGCGUUCCGCUGCUGUUCCUCUUCAACGCGAUCACCCUGGAGAAGCCGUCGGAGAAGUCGGAGAAGGCCGGCGCGCUCACCCUCCGAGCGCAGACCGAAGCGCCCGCUCACCAACUGCGGGUGAUCGAAAGCCUGAAGCGGAAAGAGAACCUCCUUCAAGAGGCGCCUGUCAAGCGAAAGAAGCGGAAGGUGAGCGGUCCCAAUCCGCUCUCCUGCAAGAAAAAGAAGGCGAAACGGCCGCCGGCAGCCGAGACGGCCGAAGCUGCUAUUCAAGAGGGCGCCAGGAAGCGCAGACGGCACAAACGACUCAAGCUCGCGAAACACGUUGCCCUGGAGUUGUCAAAAUGGGAGGAAAAAUAGAGCUGCGAAACAUUUCUUUAAAUCUCUUUAUGUGGCUUGUCACAAGCAGAGGCAACUCGGGGCUCUACUGCUGCGACACUUCCAGGGUCGUGGCCAGUGACAGCACGACUUCUGUGAUUUCGUGAGGCGGAAAUCGAAGGACCCCCUUUUUUUAGGACAGGGAGAACGCACCACUUGGCGUCGCGUUCCAGGCACCAUACCUCUAGAUCAUCACCAUCAUCCCUGUGUGUACCUGGCACAUCAAACUCAUAGAUACUGAAAAAAAUUCAGAUACAAGAAAAUAAACUAAAAGGACAAGAGCGACACCGCCUAAAAGUUUUAAGACAUCA